AUGGCACGCGAGCAGCCGCUACUCGCUGAACGCCAGUCCUCCGAGCACUCCUCAAUCCGAAACGAAGAUGAAGAAGAUGCCUUGUUGACGGGCGAACGCACGCAUCACUCUCAGAAUGCUUCAUACAGAGAUUGGUCGUUUUGGCGACAGGUUGGAUUGUUUGUCUGGUCGCUCGUAGCAACCAUGGCCGUUGUCGUCCUGGCUGUCAUGUAUCAGCAUCGGGUAACAACGCAGCAGCCUGGUCCAGAUGGCCUUGUCUGGGGGCCAGGAGGGAAACCGGAGGGAAAGAGGAAUAUUAUAUUUAUGGUCUCGGAUGGAAUGGGUCCUACAAGUCUGUCCCUGACCAGGAGUUUCCGCCAGCUCGAAUUAGGUCUUCCCGCGAACGAUACACUGGUUUUGGAUCGGCAUCAUAUCGGUACCUCGCGAACACGCUCCUCGUCCAGUUUGGUUACCGACUCAGCUGCCGGUGCGACUGCAUUCUCGUGUGGAUACAAAAGUUACAACGGUGCAAUCUCCGUGCUGCCAAACCACACCGCUUGUGGUACUGUGUUGGAGGCGGCGCACCUUGCGGGCUACAAGACGGGACUGGUUGUUACUACUCGGAUCACGGAUGCAACACCUGCGUGCUUCGCCUCUCAUGCAAAUAGGCGCGAAUAUGAAGAUUUGAUCGCGGAACAAGAAAUUGGCGAACACCCCUUGGGACGGGUCGUGGAUUUGAUUCUCGGAGGAGGACGAUGCCAUUUCUUGCCAGCAAAUGUUGAGGGUGGUUGUCGUGCAGAUGACAGGGAUCUUACCAAGGUUGCGCAGGACAUGGGAUUUCACUACAUCUCAGACCGAAGCGGAUUUGAUGGUUUGAAUGUAGGACAGGAUGUCAAGCUCCCUUUGCUAGGUCUUCUUGCGGAAAGAGAUAUUCCUUAUGAAAUCGAUCGUCGAUUCCAGAACGAGACCUACCCUUCUCUUGAGGAGAUGACUCGUACUUCGCUGGCUGCUUUGAAGAAAGCAACCGAGUCAAGCGAACAUGGUUUCUUCAUCAUGAUUGAAGGUUCACGGAUUGACCAUGCUGGACAUGGCAACGACCCUGCCGCUCAGGUACAUGAAGUUCUUGCGUAUGACAAAGCGUUUGCUGCCGUAUUGGAUUUCAUUGAGAAGGAAGACACCCCGACUGUGCUCGUCGCUACUUCUGACCAUGAGACUGGUGGUCUCGCUGUUGCUCGGCAAUUGCACAAAUCGUACCCCGAAUACAAAUGGCUCCCGGAUGUUCUAGCCAAAGCUAGCCAUUCCGGCGAAUAUCUUCAGAAGAAACUGAAUAUAUAUCUCAGUUCGUCCAGCAAGGCGGAUACUCUUGGGAAGCGGCGUGAAUAUGUCCGCAAGUCGCUCUUGAAGGAGGGUCUUGGAAUUCAAGAUGCUACGGAUGAGGAGGUUGACUCGUUGCUCAAUCCUGACAGCGAGGUUCCGCCAAGCUACGUGUUUGCUGAUAUGAUAAGUCGACGUGCUCAGGUGGGCUGGUCCACGCAUGGGCAUUCAGGUGUCGAUGUCAACAUCUACGCAUCCUCCACAAAGGAUGCAUGGCCAUUACACGGAAACCACGAAAAUACCGAAGUCGGUAAUUUCCUAGCCUCCUACCUCGACCUCAACGUGGAAGCCGUCACUCAGAAGCUUCAAGAACAAGCCACCUUGUCCUGGCUGGGCGAUCCUCUCGGUGCCGAUGUCCGGGUGAGCGAAUUUGAUAGUUAUCAUGGAGAUUUCCGUAAACGUGGAGAGGGUUGUGAUUGUGGUCAGCAUUAG